UUGUGAGUAAUUGACUCUCUGACGCUGACACACUUAGGGAAAUGAAGGUAUAAAUGAUGGCAGCGCCGCGCAGCCACGGACGCAAACGCGAGCCUGAGGUCCGUGGGGCUGGAGCGGCGCCGCGUAGCAGAGGGAGACCUGCCACAUCGCAGGCGAGAGGGGGCAGGAGAGGUGUUGACCUUCUCGCCGACUCGGAAACACCGAGUCAGAGAGGCCCACUGCCAUCCUCUUCACCCGGGGACCGGUGCCACCACGAGAGUGCAGAAUGCCACUCUGGGUGUUCUUCCUCAUGAUCCUAACCUUCAGCAGUGGCUCCCACUGCUCCUCGCCCUCCCCGACCCUCAGGAUGCCACGGUAUGCCCAAAAGGUUUUCGCUGACAGCUUGCGGGAGAUUCUGAACCAGCUGUUUGCCUACAAACGUCUCCAGAACGUCUCGAGCAGGCAGCAGGGAAAGAGAAACCAGGAGCAGGGAGCAAAGGCAUGGCUUGACCGUCAGAGGGACAGCAUGUGGGAAGACCAAAAGCAGUUGGCACUGGAGAGCAUCCUGGUGGCCCUGCCGAGGAAGCACAGCAGGAAUUCCCGAGGAUGAAGAGUCUGCCGUGUCUGAUGCUGCCCGCAGCCAAAACGCAACUGCAGCCACUUAAUCCUGUUUAAUUUUUGACCUACUUUCUCCUUUGUAAAUACAAUAAAAUUCCCCCAUCCCGGCCUGCAGUUCAGUUUCCUUUUAUCUUCCGCCUAAUUUUUUACAUGGUUGACAUAGUUACAUUUCCCAAAGUGGUGUUACACGGCAUAAAAAAAAAAUAGCUAACAUUUAUUGGGCACUCAGAGUACCGGCUGGGCAGCUUCAUGCCUGGAAUCUCACAUACUCCUCACACAGCCCAACGGGAGGAACCGGCGUCCUUCUCAUUUCACAGACAAGGAACCGAGGUACAGAAAGGUUACCUGGAUUGCCAC